GAAAUUAUGCCAAUUGCUUUUGACCCUUUUUUUACUGAACCUGACACGUGUUGUAACAUAUCAUAACUAAAGGUAUAUCAAUGUUAGGGAGACACAUCAGUCAAAGGAGAGAAAAAGGAUUUCAAAGGCAGAGCUAUGGGAUCAGCAUCCGUAUAUUUGGUACUGAUGAUCUUAUUUGCCUUGUCUAUAACAUCAGUGGUUGAAGGACAAAAUGGCAGCUAUACCGUGUCCUGUCUGACUGGAAAUAUGGUAUUCUGGUUCAAACCGUACGACUACUCGUCCUUUAGAACAAAAUAUCCCUCCAGCAAAGUGUAUGUGCAGGGCUAUGGAAACGACUCGAGGUGCGUGAGUCAAAAUGACGCCACAAACGGGCGGUAUGUUGUGUCUAUACCCCUGGCAAAGCAAAACACUGGCUGCGGAAUUUCGUAUACGAAAGGAAGUUGUGAUAUCUACAGUGCUAACUUUUUUCUAAGCCAUAAUGACGAACUGGACCUAGCCACGGAUACUUCGAUAGGUGUGAGCGAUUGCAAACCAUGUUUGACGGUCUCCAAUACAAUCGUCGUUGUGACGUAA